AUGGUUACACAAUAUGGUACCACAACUUAUACUGUCGCAACGCACGUGGCCAAUAGUAAAAUCAGCAAACUUCGUAAAAAUGAAAAGAUAAUCCAUCCGAGAUGGGUCACGGAAAGUAUCGAAGUUGGGCACAAAUUAGAUGAAAAAAAUUAUUUAUUAUUUCAAAACGGUUCUGUUUUAAAGAAUUCUGCAUCAAAAUGGAAUCGUCGAAGUGAAAAUGCACCGAACGCUGCAAAUGACCCAGAUUUUAUAAAAAAUUUUUAUGAGAGAUCUCGUUUGCAUUUAAUUUCAACUUUGGCCCAAGAUAUGAAGCUAUUUGUGAAUGAUUUAAGGACGAAAUCAAAUAAUGAAUUCCCUUCAAGAAAUCGAUUACUUCAUCUUGCAACCACGGAAUUCACCAACAUACCUUCUGAAACUAUUUGUCACCUUGAUAUGGAUUGUUUCUUCGUAUCAGUUGCUCUUAUUUCUCGACCGGAUUUGAUUGGAAAACCUGUCGCCAUCACCCAUUCUAGGGGCGUGAAUGAAAGCGCCGGAAUGUCAGAGGUUGCUUCUUGUAGUUAUGAAGCUCGAUUGUGCGGUGUUCGUAACGGUUGCUUUGUGAGAGAUGCUAAAUUACGAUGUCCUAAUCUCACUUGUUUACCGUAUCAGUUCGAUGAAUACCGACGUUUAUCCAAAUUAAUAUAUACGAUCAUCACGAGGUAUACGAACGAUAUUCGGGCAGUGAGCUGUGAUGAGAUGUAUAUUGAUUUGCGCUCAUUUUGUUUGGAAACUGGUGUUCUGGAUGUAAAUGCGAUUGUAUCUACAAUACGAGAAGAAAUUUUUGAAGAAACGAAAUGUCAUGCUUCUGUUGGAAUUGGUAGUAGUAUGCUAUUGGCCCGAUUAGCUACUCGACACGCUAAGCCAAAUGGUCAGUUCAUGGUUAAGCAAAGUGAAAUAAAUGAUUUCAUUAAAAACGAAAGGAUAUCUUCUCUGCCUGGAAUUGGUUAUUCUAUUCAAGCCAGGAUCAAAGAAUCGUAUGGUAAUAUGCAAACAUGCGAAGAUUUGCAGAAGAUUCCACUGAACCAAUUGCAAGAACUAUUCGGAAAGAAAACGGGGGCUCAAAUAUACAACUUUUGUCGUGGUAUUGACUGCGAUCGAAAUUUUUUCGAAUAUUCUGAACGCAAAUCAGUUUCAUGUGAUAUUAAUUAUGGUAUUCGAUUUAAAGAAGAAGAGGAAUUGACUAAAUUUCUUCUUUCAAUCGCUUUAGAAUUGGAAAAAAAACUUGAUGUUAUUGGUGUGCUUGCAUCAGCAGUUACUAUUAGAUUAUUGAUACGUUCAUCUGAUGCUCCUGAAGAACCUGAAAAAUUUAUGGGUCAUGGUCUUUGCAACGUGGUGACGAGGUCAUCUCUUUUUUCAAAACCAACAUCCAGUGCCAGUUUAAUUAUGGAAGAAAGUAAAAAAAUAAUCAAAGUGCUCAAUCCUGUUAUUUCUGAUUUAAGAGGUAUUGGCGUUCAGUUAACUAAAUUGGCAAAGAAUAGUGAUAUUCAGAAAGGCAAUAAAGGAGAAUUUACGCUCACUCAAUAUUUUAAUGUUCGUUCAAGGAAAUCCUUGAUGAGGGAUCUCAGCAAGAAAAAAACUGUGCACUUUAAAGAAGCCGCGCGAAAAGGAGGUUCUAUCAAUAAAGAACCCAAAUACACUAUAGAAAACGCAUCUAUCAGUGGUAAGCAAUAUUACGGAUUUGGCUCAUGCAACAUUUAUUCCAAAUCUGUACAAAUUUUCGAAAGCCCAAAAGAAAGCGAAAUUGCGCCAUUAAUCAGCUUUUUUUAUUAUCAACUAAAAAAUGGUCAUAUUUCUAAUGUUACUGGUAUAUUUAAAUUUCUUGAACGAAAAGCAUUACAACAAUCAUUGGAAUGGAUUGUGAUAUGUUUGAUUGUUUGUAAUAUAUAA